GUGAAGGCACUCUAGCCGGUCGGCGGGAGAUGAACUUUGCCCUCAGUUUUUAUAUAUUUUUUAUAUAAAAAAUGGAAUUUGACCUGUCAUUCAAUUUCAUGUCAAUAUUUUCCAUUAUUUUAUUAAUAGUUGCAACGAUCACCACCGUCUUCCAAAAACUUAAAUUAAGAUGGCCUGUAAAAGUAAACUGUUGGUUUUGUAAUAAUAAUAUAAAAAUUUGGCGGCAGCAACUUAAUUGGUGGAUGUGUCCAUAUUGUGAACAAUAUAAUGGUUUCUCUAAGAAUGGUGAUUAUGCAUAUAAUAUACCAGAACAAUAUAAAACAUCUUCACAUGAAAUCAAAAGGUACUGUACAAUCAGUCAAGGUACAAUAAAUAAAGAUGCAAAUAAUGGCCUCUGCAAACAAUGUAACGUGAAUGAAACCAUAAAAAUAUCAAAGUUAUCUGAUUAUAUACCUGAAAAUGAAAAAUCUUAUGAGUAUGGGAUACAAAAGUUUAAAGAUAGCUUAGAACAACAAUAUCCACUAUGUGCAAAGUGUAAAACCACAGUAAAUAACGUAUUACAUAAGCAAGCAUUAUGGCUUGCACAAUAUAAAAUGUUGUUUUUUAAGCAAAAACCCUUUUGUCUAAUUACUAAUAAUACAAAAUAUUCUGAAUUAAUAUGCAGAAUAAUUUCAACAAUAUUAGGCUCUAUGAUUGCAUACAACAUGGAAUUAAUAUUCUUACCAAUUGGAGGAUUAUUUUUUCAACUGUGUGCCUGUUGGAUAACUUCUACCAAAAAACAAAGUUCUGAUAUAUUACUUAUGUUUUUAUGGAUUUGUAUGAUUAUACUUUUACCAUUUAAAGACACAAAAUUAAUCAAGGCAGAUUUACACAAUACAUGGUUUUCUCUAGAUUAUAUAACUCAGUAUCAUAUGAUAAUGCUAUUUAUCUCAGUCAUAGGCUUCAUGAAUGUCAUGCCUAAAUCUCAUAAAAGUACAUUAAACAAAAAUAUGUCAUUCAAAAAGAUUGAACCUCUGGUAAAAAAUACAGUAUUAUCCAAUUCAUACACAACCACUUCAAAUAAUAAGCACAACUUUAGUAUUCAAACUACCAGUAAUUUAAAUGGAAACAUUAUUAAUCAAUCAGCACUGAAUACAAUGAAAGACUUGUAUAUGCCUUGUACAGAAAAUUCACUAAAUUGUAAAUCUACAAUUUUUCAAAGUUCACUUAAAAAUCCAGAGUCACAAUUAUCAUCAAUGCCUAUUAAUGAUAAUGAUACAGUAUUUAAUUCUACACCUGUAUGCAAAAAAAGUAUGAUAGAUAACAGUUACUCAUUGAAUGAGAGUUUGAGCACAUUAAGUAUAUUAUCAUUGGGCGAAGAUAAGCCAAAAUAUUUGGUAAAAAUACCAAAAAUUUUUGAAACAAAAGUGUAUAGUACAAAAAGUUCUGAACUCUUUAAAAAAUCCAGUAAAAAAAAUAUUUUAUCACCACCAAAAUUAAAAUCAGUUAUGCAGACAUCAUGGGUAGCUGGUGGUUAUUGGCAGGAAGGCAUAGAUGCACCAUCAUUAUCAAGAUCAUCCAGUCAAAGCUCUGGCUUUGGUUCUGCAGGUUCUAAUUUUGGCCCAUCUAGAGAACCAUCCAUACAUGAAUUUGAUCAAUGUUCAGUUAUAUCAGAUACAACACAGUCUUGUUAUACUUUAGCACAAAGUAACAGUCAUGUUGGAUCUUUUUGUCAACGGGGCUUACAACUUCCAUUGUCAGAACCAAAAAAUCAGUCAGUUAAUAACCAAACAAUGAAACUUGCAUCGGGUAAUCUUUAUACUCCACGAACGUUAUUAUUGUCCCAAAAUAACAAAAGAAAUAAUUCAAUUUUAAUGGAUCAGUGUCCACAAAAACAAGAUAUGAAUAUAAAUGAUAUUAAAAGUCCCUCUAAAAUGCAGAUGUUUCCUAGUCAUACCACUGUUGUAACAAGUCCCGUUUGGUUACCAGUCCUUUUAUGCGGUUCACUUGUGUUAAAUAUAAUAGUGUUAUGUACUACUUUGUUACGUUAAA